AUGGAGCCCCUCUAUCAGUCCGGGUCCAUUCUGAUGAAGGUGAACACCUUACACGGGAAGAAGAUGGUGGAGAGCGGCCUCCAGUCUGGGGAUUUCUCUCUGCCCGCGUCUUGGUCCUCCAGCCUCCUGCCGCCGGCCGACCUCGAGCUCCUGCAGCAGAAGGUGGCCGGGAUGCAGCGCGAGCUGGAGGACUUCAAGAAGGAGGCACUCAGGGCCAUCCACUGCCUGGAAGACGCCUUCUGCGAGAUGAACGGGGCCCUGGUGCAGCAGGGGGAGCAGGCGGCCCGCGUGAAGCAGCGGCUGCGGGAGGAGGAGGACCGGGGCGUCGUGCGGAACAAGGUCCUCACCUUCCUGCUGCCCCGGGAGAAGCAGCUCCGGGAGCACUGCAAGCGGCUCGAGUUCCUGCUGCUGGGCCGGGGCCGCCACCCGCAGAGCAUCCCCGGGAAGAUGCAGGCCAACUGA